AUGUCCUUUUCAAAACACUCAUUCCACCAACAAAGCGAAAGUCAAUCACAAGAAAGUUACGAAAACUUUAUUGACAACUCGGGCUAUUUUGGCGACGACUCACGCACAACUCAAGACCACAGUUUAGAAGAAGAUGAAACGUCAAAAGGAACUAUUAAAAAACAACAAAUGACUGAGGAAAAUGUAAAAGAUCUUUUACGUUCUUGUGACAAAGCAGAUGUCAAAACGAUACAACUCAUCUCACAAGUAUAUUCGAUCAAUUUUACAUUCCAAGACGAAAAUGGAAAAACGUUUUUGCACCACUUUUGCAAUCAAAAAACUGACAUACCCGAGAUUUUACCUUUUAUAUCUAAUAAAGAGACAACGAAGAUCAAAGACAAAUCUAAUAAGAUUGCGAUAGAAUAUGCGCUUGAACAGAAUUUACAAGAAACAAGUGUUCGACUUCUUGACUUGAAUAAUCAUGAAAACGUCAAAGUCUGUUACGACUAUUUUACACAAACGGGUGGACCAAUCAAAGAAAAGCCAACAAAUACAAAUUGCUUUGGCUUUUUGUUAUCUUCACGCGAAUUUGUUUCAAAGCGGAGGGAAUCAAAACAUAUCAAACGCGACAAAACGCGGUCGACCAAAUGGAAUAAAAUGAUGACAAAUUGGACGUCCGAAGUUCCCCCGAAGCUUGAGAAACGGGUGUACAAAGGUGUUCCCGUUAGUUUCAAACGGAUGUACUGGCGAAAGAAGUUUCAAAUGAGUGAUGAAAUAGUUUCGACUGUUCAAAUUGGUCCUCUUGAAGUGACUCAAUUUGAUGGAGAAAUUGAUUGUAUGAUCGAACACACAUUUCGAGACCAUUACAAAUAUAAAGAUCGGUAUUCUUUUGGUCAACAGAGUGUUUUUGAAGUUGUUCGACACUUUUGCAAUACCAAGCACCGUUUCAAUGAAGGGAUCGUUACUGUAUCUUCUGUACUUUUGAUGUAUUUAGAUGAAAAGGAGACCACCAUUGCACUUCAGAAAAUGAUGGAAGGACAGUGGGAGAACUUUUGCUUUGACGGUGAUUACGUGAAAGACUUUUCCAAAGAAAUUAAAAGUGUUUUAAUGAAAGAGUGUUCAUCACCACUCCAACAAUUUGGGAUGAAAGACAAUGUAUUACUUGAGAUCAUAGUAGAGUGGACUAAACACUGGUUUUUCAAUAUAUUAGAGUUCGAUACAGCGAUAAGAGUUUUCGACUUUAUAAUAUGGAAUGGGUUUGAUUGUGGAGCUUUAACUGUUAUAGUCACCGUAUUUAGCCUCAUCAAGAAGUACUUUGAUAAGAAACAGACAAUCGAUGAAAUGACUCAACAACUCAAAAAUCCGUUUGCCCUCAUCAAAGAAGACGAACUCCCAACACCAUUCGGAUUUAUGAAAUUAUUAGAAAAAAAAUUGGUCGGAAUACACACCUUCUUGUAUAAAAGAAAAAAAUGA